AUGAGGGAAAGAGCGCUCGUCUUAUCCUUGACCUGCAUUUUCUUGACCAUCCUCGGUUCAGCCGCGGAAACGAGAGCUUUCUCGAUUUCUCCAAUUUCUGGUCAUCAUAAUCAACCAUCCAUUGGACAUCACCAACCAGAGGCCGUAAAUUUGCAUGUGCUAGAAGCAUCAAAACAACAAGCUGCCACCAGAAAUGUUGACGAAGAAGAGGAGGAGAAAACGCCACUUGAAGUGCGACUAGAAGAUGAACGUGUGGCGAAGCUCCGCAAAGCCAAGCAAGCCAUUCCAGCAAUUGCAGCAGUGACACUGGCAUCGGUGUCUUUGGCGGCUAAAUUGGGUAUCCUUCAUGGGCCACUUCUGGCUGGUGGUGGAUUUGGUCCCUACACAGAUGCCAUGAUUGCGAGAGAUGCUGGAUCAGCAGUGUUGUGUGGAAUAUUGGGGUAUCUUUUUGUCAAAGUGAACGAAUGGUUUGCCGAAAAGGGAUACCUGGACCCAAGAGAUUCCAGAAAAAUCAUCCACACAUUUAGCGCCCCAUUAUUCAUGGUGCUAUGGCCAUUAUUUUCACCAGCAGUUGGGGCUCGGUUCUUUGCCGCCAGUAUCAGCUUUAUCAAUGUGUUGAAGCUCUACAUUGCUGGAUCUGGUGGGGACGAUUCUCUGGCAUUUGCAGUAUCAAGUAUUGCCUUGUUCUGGAAAGAUGGUCCCGUUGGGAUUGUGGCUCUCAGUGCCAUGGCGGCCGGUGAUGGCCUCGCAGAUCUACUCGGUAGACGGUAUGGACGAAAGAACAAAUGGUUCUUCAACAAGGACAAGAGUAUUGCUGGAUCUACCGCCUUUUGGAUCGGAGGCACAGCCUGUGCCUUGACAUUGCUCAAGAUCAUGUCAAUACCAUUGAAUCCAGUAAUACCACUGGAACCAGAACUUGUGGUGGCUGGAAUCGUCCUCAUUACAGCUCUUCUGGAGGUCGUUCCUGUAGAAGGACUGGAUGACAAUUGGAUUGUUCCACUGAGUGCUGCUGUGUUGACAGCACUGGCAUUUUCAUAG